CCACUGUUAAAAUAAUUCCUUCCUUCAUUCAAAUCGUCUCAUGUCAUCUUCUCCCCAAAAGCCUGAAAUUCAACACCGUGAACUGUAUUCUGAUGGCACUUCUCAAUCGUCUUUCAGACAUCGAGAAGUGUUCGGUAUCAAUAUUCCUACCGAAGGAGGCUACUCUUCCGAGGAAUCCAAAGAGUCGGCUUACGGGCAUCCGCAGCAUAAACACCACAGUCCUGUUUUGGGUCAUGAUCUCGAUCCUGCUGCCGUCCAGGCGAUUCGUAAAGCCGCCAAUCCUGCAGCUAUUGGCUUUGGCGCUUUCGCAUUAUGUGCUUUUGUGCUGGGUCUCUACAACACUGGUUUGAUUACCGGUUUACCUCAAGUGGCAGUUGGCGUAGCCCUUGGUUACGGUGCGGUUGGUCAAUUCAUCUCUGGCGUCGGUGAACUUUAUCUUGGAAACACCUUUGCUGGCACAGCCAUGCUCACCUAUUCGGGAUUCUUUCUCUCUUAUGGCGUCAUGUUCACUCCCGCCGGCGGAUUUCUUGAAGCCGCGAUGGAAGCGGGGGGGCUUGAAGAGUUGAAUCGUUGUGUUGGGCUGUACAUGACCGGCUACACGAUUGUAUCCUUUUUAUUUUUCCUCGGCACGUUCCGUCAACCUAUCCUCAUUCGCUUGGUUCUCGGCCAAGUAUUUCUGACAUUCCUAUUCGCUGCUUUGGGAGGCUAUACGGGCAACAUUGUAUUGACGAAAAUUGGUGGCUGGUUCUCCUUUACGCUUGCCCUGACGGCAUGGUAUGUCAUGUGUGCCAUCAUUUACGAUGAUACCACCACUUUUAUUCGACUGCCAUUCUUUUAAUCGAGCUUGCUUAGCCUUUUCCAUUUUGUCAUAUUCACCUUUCCCCGCAUAUCUAUCCUCUUGAAUCUCAUCAUUUUUACCCUUUCUUCUUUCUUCUGCCGGUUUUAUUCCUUUAAUUUUUCAAGAUCAUCUUCUAGUUAUUAUAUCAUUUUUCUUCAUUCAUCCGUAUUCUAAAAUUUACCAAUAUUCGAUCCAUCAAAAGAUAACUGUUAACAGUGUCACCAAUGCUCCGACCAAUGUCUAUAUUUGCUUCCAGAAUUUUCGUUGAUACAAUACAUUGUAAUACCAUUGCCCGCUGUAUUCUCUAUUAUGCAUUGUUACCUAAUUGAUUGUUGACGACAUGCACAACGUAUAGG